CAGACUACGAAGUCUUUUGUCAUUUCUGCCUCCAUUCCACAAUUUCUCUGCAGCUGCUGCGCUUAGAGGGAGUUUAAUAAGAAGAUCAGAUGCCACGAUCGAGGGGAUCGGAGUUGCCUCAGAGGCAAUCUCCCAGGGGUCCACUUUCGGUGAGAGCUUCAAGCUCUGACUCUGAAUCCCUGCAUCAUCAUCAUCAUCGACCUGUUGUUGAUCGGAGCCCCAAGGUGGGAGUUUCAGAACGCAAAUCUCCGAGAAGCUCUCAGCCUGAUUCGUUGCAGCAGAAGAAGCUGGGAACCCGCAUUGCUGGUUUGGAAUCUCAACUGGGUCAAGCUCAGGAAGAGCUCAAGAAGCUUAAAGACCAGUUAGCUUCUGCUGAAACUGCCAAAAAAGAAGCUCAAGCAGAGCUUGAAAAGAAAGCCCAGAAACCAAUCGUGGAGGAGAUCCCUAGGGAAGAAGAGCAACCACCUUCUUCAUCUUCAGAGGAAGUCCAUGAAUCAUCAUCAUUAAAUGAAAAAAAUCUGUGUGACCCAGAUGAUCAGUCCACCGAUGUCUUCGAAGUCCCAGUUGAAACUAAACCUCAAUCUGACCCCAAAAUUGAAUUCACAGAAACGGUCACUCAAAAAGAAGAAGAAGAAUCUAAAACAACACAAGUUGAGAAAUGUGUAGAACCACCACCUCCAUCAUCACCAGACAACGCAGCCCGCUUGAAGGAAGAAAUCAAUUCUCUGAACGAGAAGUUGACGGAGAAAGAAAAGGAAUUGGAAUUGUCACGAGAAGAGAACGAGAGGCUAAAGAAGCAGGCAAAGGACGCAGGAGCUAAAGCUGCCUCAGCUUUAGCUAAAGAAGAAGAAUCCGCCUUGAAGCUCAGCAAAGUUGGGGAAGAGCUUGAAGACAGUAAGGUUAAUUUUUGCAGGUUGAACGAGAGACUCGAAGAAGUGGAAGCAGCGAAGGUGGUGUUGGAGACAGAGAUGAAAAAGAUGAGAGUGCAAACGGAGCAAUGGAAGAAAGCUGCAGAUGCGGCAGCGGCAAUACUCUCUGCUGGUUGUGAUGGUGGUGGUGUGGAGAUGAACGAAAGGAGGAUUGCAGAGCGGUGUGGGUCCAUGGAUAAAUACAUCGGGAGCGGGUUUGGAGCGGCUGAUGGGUUCGGUGGAAUCGUGGGAUCACCUCUCAUGGCUGACGAUUUGGAUGAUGGAUUCGGAAAUGGCAAGAAGAAGGGUGCCGGGAUAAGGAUGUUUAGUGAUUUGUGGAAGAAGAAGGGCCAGAAAUAAACAGGUUCAAGUCUGGUGAUCCGAUUUGGGCUGGCCCGGCCCCACUCCCAUUAGGGUUUUUUUUUUGAGUUGCGAAAUAAUAGCUCACUGUUUCGCACAAUGCUUGUCACAUGGUAGGUGCUCUCUAGAAAGUUGUCAACCUGUCAAUGAUCCUUAGAAUGUGUUGGUUG